AUGAACAAAAUCUCCACUUUCGUCUUCAUUAAAAAUGUGUAUUUUUUCCAAGCUGGCAUUGGCAUUCUAGCCAAUGCCCUUUUCCUCAUCUUCCACAUCUUCACAAUCCACAAGGCUCAAAGCCCCAGACCCACUGAUAUGACUGCCUGCCACUUGGCGUUUGUUCACAUAGUGAUGCUACUUACUACACUGGAUAUUUUAUCUGAAAGCAUGUUUAAAUUGUUCAAUUUCCCCCAUGAAUUGAAAUGUAAGUUUUUGUUUUAUGUGAGUAGAGUGACUAGGGGUCUCUCCAUCUCUACAACCAGUCUGCUAAGCAUUGUUCAGGUCAUCACUAUCAGUCCCAGCUCCCUCUUCUUGUCAAGAUUUAAACAUAAAAUCGCAAAUUAUAUUAUCAUUGCUUUCUUCUGUAUUUGGUGCCUCAACCUGUCUUCCAACAGCAACAUGAUCAUCUACACUGUAGCUCAUUCCAACAAGUCCAAUCUACUCAAUGUCAGUAAGUACUGCUCACUCUCCUCAAUGAACUCCAUCCUCAUGGCAUUAUGCCUCAUGCUUGUGUUGUCCCAGAAUGUCUUCUUUAUAGGAAUGAUGCUGCUCUCCAGCAUGUACAUGGUGAUUUUCUUAUGUAGCCAUCAGAGGAAGUCUGCAUAUCUUCACAACAUGGGCAUUUCCCCAAGAAUCUCUCCAGCAAAAAGGGCCACCCGCACUGUCCUCCUGGUUGUUAGUUUCUUUGUGAUUAUGUACUGUGUGGAUGUCAUCAUCUCAUUCUUCUCAACCUUACUGUGGAAAUACGAACCUGUUAUCCUGUGUGUCCAGACACUGGUGGGAAAUGUUUAUGCCACGGUCAGUCCACUGGUGCUUAUCAGUUCUGAUAAAAGAAUAACUGGCAUUCUGAGGAACAUAAUUGAUAAGAGAACAAUCUUAAGUUUAAAACAAGUGUGA